AUGAGCGAUGAAGCUAAGCGCGUGCACUGGUCGUCUCAGGGGCGGCGAAUGGCUUCGCCAUACUUCAGGCCACGAAAUAACAGUUCUGACAACGAAAACAACUCUUCGGAGGACAGUAUGUUGCCCCACAAAAAGCGGAAAACAUUGGCUCGGAUGGUCACCAUGGUUGCGAUUUUCGGAAAGGGUGGGGAGGAGUUGAUAUCACAGUUCAGCAAGGACUGCAGCAAAAAAGGGCCAGGUGGGGUGGGGGUGGGGGGUUGGGCGUUGCCGAUUUCAUCUCCGAACUCACACCUCCUGCUUUAUCGGAACCGUCAUCGCCGAGCGCCGUACCGCCGAACCAGAAAAAAUGGAUACCGAACGUUUCGACACUUCCACUCCUCUCUGGAUCCUGCACGUGGACGGCUCGGCAAACCAGCAAGGCUGUGGUGCCGGCUUAGUGUUAACCACUCCGGACGGUAG